GUUCUUCUCUGCUGGCACUUUUUACUGGGUAACUGGCAGGAGACAGAUCUGUGGCAGGCCUGGCCAGCAGGAACAUGAAGAGAAUCCUGAUUGUCCUGCUUGCACUAGCAGGGGUGCACGCCCUCGAGAGGGGCAGAGAAUAUGAAAAGGAAAAAGUCUGCAAGGAACUCGCCCAUAUGGGAAAAGAUAACUUUAGAUCUUUAUCAAUAAUCCUCUACAGCAGAAAAUUCCCCAGUGGCACAUUUGAACAGGUCAGUCACCUGAUAAAUGAAGUUGUCUCCUUGACAGAAGCCUGCUGUGCUGAAGGGGCUGACCCUGAGUGCUACGACAGCCGGACCUCAGCAUUGUCUGAAAAGUCCUGUGAAAGUGAUUCCCCAUUUCCAGCGCAUCCAGGAACCUCCGAGUGCUGUGCCAGCGAGGGCCUGGAGCGAAAGCUGUGCAUGGCUGCCUUGAAGCACCAACCACAAGAAUUUCCGACUUAUGUGGAACCAACAAAUGAUGAAAUUUGUGAAGCAUUCAGGAAAGAUCCCAAGGGAUUUGUUGAGCAAUUUCUGUAUGACUAUUCUAUUAACUAUGGACAAGCUCCUCUGCCACUAUUAGUUGGUUAUACCAAGACUUAUCUCUCAAUGGUAGGGUCUUGUUGUGCCUCAUCAAGUCCAACUAUAUGCUUUUUGAAGGAGAGACUGCAGAUGAAACAUUUAUCACUUCUGACUACUAUGUCAAAUAGACUUUGUUCACAACAUGUUGCUUAUGGGGAGGAGAAAUCAAGACUCAGCCAUCUCAUAAAACUAGCCCAGAAAGUUCCAACGGCUGAUGUGAAAGACGUGUUGCCACUAGCGGAAGAUAUCACCAGAAUCCUUUCAAAGUGCUGUGAGUCUACAUCUGAGGACUGCAUGGCCAAAGAGUUGCCGGAACACACAGUAAAACUAUGCAACAGUUUGUCCAACAAGAACUCUAAGUUUCAAGACUGUUGUCAAGAAACAACACCCAUGGACGCCUUUGUGUGCACUUACUUCACACCAGCUGCCCAAUCACCAGAAAUGCCAGAUGCUCAGAUGCCUACCAACAAAAUUAUUUGUGGUAAAGGAAGCACUAAAGCUAUGGAUCAGUAUGCCUUUGAACUAAGUAGGAAGACGCAUAUUCCAGAAGUAUUUCUCAGUAAAAUACUUGAGCCAACCCUGAAAAGUCUUGGGGAAUGCUGCUCUUCUGAAAACCCGACUGCCUGUUUUAACUCAAAGGGCCCUCAACUGAAGGAGGAACUAUCUUCUUUUAUUGCUAAAGGAAAAGAACUAUGUGCAGAUUAUUCAGAAAACACAUUUACUGAAUACAAGAAAAAAUUGGCAGGACGAUUAAGAGCAAAAUUGCCUGAUGUCAGUGAUUCAGAACUUGAAGAGCUGGUUGACAAACGCUCAGACUUUGCCAGCAAGUGCUGUUCAAUGAACUCACCUCCUCUCUACUGUGAUUCACAGAUUGAUGCUGAGAUGAAAAAUGCCCUGUAGUGUUGGUGCCUGUAUACUGUCUUAGAGUUGGAACCACACCAGGAAUGACAUCUUAAACCAAAAGAGAACUUCUGAAUAAACAACUAGAAAAAAAAAUCCCUGCUUUUUAUCUACUGCAGUAUUAUCACACAACAAGAAUAAUGAUUUGCUGUAGAAAUAAAUUGAAAUACAAUGAAAACCAUAAAUGAUACUGAGGGUGAUAUUACCUUACUGAUCUUUAAUCCUGUUUCAGUUAUUUGUAACACUCUACAAUAGGUAACUACAACCUGCAUGAUUUUUUUUCUAGACUUUCUUGUUUGGUGACUUAAUGAUUCUUAACAAUACACAGUCACUUUACAAUCCCCAAUGCACUCAUUUCCAUCCUUUGAUUGCUUCUCAUGCUUUAUAGAUACUAUUAAGGGAAAGGUCAGCCAGUCUUCUUCUAUGAAUAAUUGGGAUGACCCAUUUGAAAAAAAAAAAAAACCUCAAAAUAUGUUCUUGCUCCCUGUUACAGGAUGUUUAAUAUUAAUUAAACAUCUGUUUCAAUUAAGUAGCAUCUGUUUUGCAAUAAAGAAAGUUCUUGUGGUCAAAACCA